AUGAGGUUUGCGGAUACAGGAAGGUUGGUGACCUUCAUCCACCAGACUUUGUGGCAUCUCAUCCUUCAUUACCUUGUUCCGGCUUCAUAUUCUAAUGGACAAUGCUGCACACUGGAGACUCCUGAACUUACAGGCAUUUCAGUGAGGGGGGAUGUCUUAUUCGGGGCAGUUUUACCCCUCCACAUAGAGAAAAUUUACCCCAAACUGUCUUACAAUGAGAAACCAAAGCAAGUUGUAUGUAAAAAAUUGUCUCCGGAGACUUUCCUUCAGGUACAAGUUGUAAAAUUUGCCACUAUGGAGAUUAACAACAGCUCUGAGAUCCUCCCAAACAUCACAUUAGGCUUCCAGGUUUAUGAUUCCUGCUCUACGCUUCAAAGGGAGCUGGAGGGAACUUUAUGGAUGCUGACGGGGCAGAGCCGAGCUAUUCCCAACUUUCAAUGCCAGAGAAAAGAGAAACUGGCGGCCAUCAUUGGACACGCCACCUCUACAUACUCCAUUCUAAUGGCUCACAUACUUGGGCUAAGCAGGUAUCCACAAAUAAGCCACUUCUCAACAAGUUCUCUUCUGAGUGACAGAACACAGUUUGCAUCAUUUUUCAGGACUGUGCCAAGUGAUGCAUUUCAAUCCAAAGGUCUGGCCCAGUUAGUGUUACAUUUUGGCUGGACGUGGGUUGGCUUGGUGGCUCUGGCUAAUGACUACGGACAACAAGGCAUUCAGGUCAUUAAGCAAGAGAUUCUCAAAUCCGGGGCCUGUGUUGAGUUUACAUUGUACAUUCAGCCUAGUCGACCCAAUCAUAACAUUCUUCAAAUAUCUCAGGUCAUUAAAGAUUCAACUGCCCAAGCUAUAGUUGUUUUCUCCACUGAUGUCUAUCUCCUUACCAUACUGGAUCAACUUUUGAAACAAAACAUAACAGAGAAGACAUGGGUGGCCAGCGAAGCAUGGUCAACAUCAUCAUUGUUAACGUCUGAAAAAUAUUCCAAGAUUCUUGCUGGAACCAUUGGUUUUGCCUUCUACAGUGGAAAUAUCCCUGGGCUCAAACAAUACCUUGACCAUGUCAAUCCCUCAGAGCUUCCAGAAUGGGCUUGGAAUUGGAUGUUCUGGGAAGACAGUGUUGGUUGUGCCUUUCUCAACUUUGAAAAUGUCUCAUUCCCUCGAGAGAGACCCUCAAGAAACUGCACAGAGAAAGAUAAAGUGGACGAUUUUCAGAUUUAUUUAAAACGUAUAUCUGGUUUAAGGAUUGUCUAUAACCUUUACAGUGCUAUUUUUGCUGUAGCCACGGCUUUGCAUCAACUGAGUGUCUGUAGGCCAGGAAAUGAUCAUUUUAUUAACAGUAGCUGCUCUGAUGUCUGGAAUUUUAAACCAUGGCAGAUUCUGCGCUAUAUAAAGAACGUCCGAGUGAAGUUAAACAGUGGGCAUCAAAUGUUUUUCGACAACAAUGGAGACCCUCCUCCCAUGUAUGAUAUUGUAAACUGGCAGAUGAACUCUGAGGAUUUAGUGAACCGUGUCUUGGUUGGACAAUAUGACAGAACAACACUAAGAAUUAAUGCAAGUGCUUUAAGAUGGACAAGUGGUAGGCAAAAGGUUCCUGCAUCGGUCUGUAGUGAGAGUUGUCCUCCAGGCUUCAGAAAAGCGGCUCUAACUGGAAAGCCCAACUGUUGUUUCCAGUGUGUUCCCUGCCCACCGGGAGAGAUCACCAAUCAAAGUGAUUUCAUUCAAUGUUUCAAGUGUCCCUGGGAUCAGUGGCCAAGCCAACGAAAAGACAGAUGUCUACCAAAGCUCACCGAGUACCUCUCUUAUGACGAGACCUUGGGAGUCAUUUUAUUGUCCGCUGGCAUUACCUCCUCUGUGAUACCUUUAGCUGUUCUCGGCAUAUUGGUUUAUCACAAGACAACUCCCAUAGUCCGAGCCAAUAAUUACGGUGUCAGUUGCCUUCUCCUGGUCUCCAUGUCACUCUGCUUUCUUUCUUCGCUGGCCUUUAUUGGUUACCCUACCUGGGAAAAAUGUCUCCUACGCCAAGUGACCUUUGGAAUGGUUUUUGCUUUAUGUGUCUCAUGUAUCCUGGCCAAAACGCUCAUGGUCAUGAUUGCCUUUAAGGCCACAAAGCCUAACAGUGACCUAAAUAAAUGGGCCAGCCCUAAAGUCUCAUACACAGUGAUUGGCUUAGGAACCCUUCUUCAGUUGAUGACAGGUGUCGCUUGGCUAUCUCUAUCACCACCCUUUCCAACCUAUAAUCUGAAUGCCAAAGUGGAAGUUCUCAUUGUUGAAUGUAAUGAAGGAUCACUCAUUGCCUUUUGGUGCACUAUUGGGUAUCUGAGUCUACUUGCUCUGGCCAGCUUUGUGGUUGCCUUCUUGUCUAGACAACUCCCAGAUAGCUUCAAUGAGGCCAGGUUUAUAACAUUUAGCAUGCUUGCCUUUCUCAGUGUCUGGAUUUCCUAUAUCCCAGCAUCGCUCAGCACCAGCGGCAAAUACACCGUAGCCAUGGAGGUAUUUGCCAUAUUGUCUUCUAGCUGGGCCAUGCUCUGCUUCAUGUUUGCCCCAAAAUGUUAUGUCAUUGUCUUCCGCCCGAGCAUGAACUCACGCAAACAUCUCUUAAAAAAAAAAAAAAAAGGUUCCCAAAAUCCUUACACUAAUUAG